AUAAUUGAGUACCAAAUUAACAAUUCUGUACCAAAUUCAUUAUAAUUCAUUAUAAUUCAUUAUAAAAAUAUCAACUCGGAGUGUAAAUAAUAAUUCAGUACCAAACUAAUAAUUCAGUUUAAAAGAUAACAACUAACCGUAAAAAUAAUAAUUCAGUAUCGAAUUAACAAUUCAGUAUAAAAAUAAUAACUAGGCGCAAAAAUAACAAUUCAAGUGCCGAAUUCAAGUACAGUCCAAUACAAAAAUAACAGCUCAUCAUAAAAGUAACAAACAACCCCUUCAGAAAAAAACAAAUUACGAAAGAAUCUCUUCUCGAAAGAAUUUUCCGAACAAUUUUUUCCUUAUUGGAAAUAUUUCAAAAAUAUUGAAAUUUCCUAAUUGCCAUGGACGGCUGAACGUGGAAGCAACCCGGCGGAACGAAAGGAAUGAGAGACACUGGCCGGGCGAGUUUCGUCGGCUGGCUCUCGCGGCGCGUGUCGGAACAAGGAAAAUACAGGAACGGGACGAUAGAUGGCGACGAUGGGGAUAGGAUCGGAUAGGAUUUAAUCAACUUUCCUUUUUGUCUCAUAAAUCUUGCAGAAGAGGGAGCUGGCUACUCCCGUGACCCGGGAAUCGUUUUUCGAUCUCUACCAUCGCGAGAGAAUGUUCUCGCCGUUUAGGCCGGCACUUCCGAGGCUGUCGAUUAAAAUUUAUUUGUGCGGCGCACGUUUCCCGCGAUCCUUUCGAAUAUUGGCUCUCGAAUAUCUGCUGCGAUGUCAAAGAAACUAUCAAAAUUGGAGUCGAACGAUGAUAGAACAAGCAAACAGUCGCUAUUUUCUAAGAGAAAAAAAUUCAAGAUAAUGCCGCGGGGGUCGGGACCGCAACAAGACCGCAUCUAAUCGGCGAUGCAUACCAUAAACAUGUCGUUAUUGUGACCCGCGGAAUGAGAAAAAACGCGCACUUAAACAUGUCCCGCGAAAGCGGGGACUCGCUAAGCCCGUGACAAGAAGGUCGAGAGAAUUAUGAAGAAUUAUGAAAGUUCCCCGCUCCGUCUGGUAAUUCAAUUUCACCUCCCGCAAAGCGAGAUUAACCCUAGGAAGACUAGGUCGGCCACCGCGGACUACCUUCCUGCGAGAUAUGAAAAACGUGAUUCGGUACGGAACGUAAAGAAUUCCGUGUUUUUCGAGCGUCAAAGUCGAAUCUGGUCGUGGAGAUCGAGCCGAAACAGCAGGUGGCGGUGCGGCUCGGCGAGAGUCUACAGAUAUUGUGCCGAGUCGGCAGACCAUUGAAGGUAUGCCGCGUCGAGAUACCCGGCGAGGACGGCGGCAUGGUGUUGAGUAAGGGCGAGCCGGCCGAGGACGGCAUCAUGUACCACGGUGCUGGCACCGAGCAGGGACAGUGCGGGGUCCACAUCGAGAAGAUCAAGGAGAGCAACGACGGCAUUUUCAAGUGUACUCUGGCGGUCGUCGACAACCGGGCGGAGGCGUCCGCGUCCGUCAGGAUCAUCGUUGCAAAGCCACCAAACAACCCUGAGAUCAACACGAACCCUGGCUACUACGGCAGAAAUGUCUACAGAAAAGGCGAGAAAUUGGAAGUGAGCUGCACCGCCUCCGGCGGAAGACCAGCGGCGGACGUACAUCUGUUCCUCGAUGACGAGCCAAUCGGCAACGAGGAGAGACCGAUGAUCUACGAUUCGGAGGUGCAUGACAACUCGUUGGCAGUGCAGAACGCGUCGCGCAGCCUGGACUGGACCGACAACGGCAGGGUUCUGCGGUGCGCUGCCAGUCACGUCGCCCUUGACAAGCCUAAGGAGACCACUAUGCAGUUGCAGGUGUACUACCCUCCGCAGCCGCAGCCCACAAUCGAGCGUUUCGGAUACGUGAUUGGGCGCAAGGGGAUCGUGAACGUCACCAUCUAUGCGAACCCAAGACCCCGUUUCCUGUGGAGAGUGAACGACGAGAAGAUCAACGAGGGUCGUCCCGACGAGAGCAACCGACUUGAGACCUCGACCGCUGUCGAUCUGGGAAGAGGAGCGUGGAGCGUGAUCCUCACUAUCGACAGCGUUCAGAAAUCCGACACAGAGAAGGCGUACGUCCUGGAAGCUCGUAACGACGAGGGAGCUUACGAAUACAGUAUCGUUUUAUCAACCUCCACAGAACCCGCAGGGGCGUUGAGUCACUUCUAUGGUAAGCUCUCCGAACACAUGCACGCACUAGGCGUUGAUUUAGACGCUGGUUCCAUCAUCGGAAUCGUCGUCGGGGCUCUGCUGCUGAUUCUCGCCGCUUUCCUCUUCAUCUUUGCCCGCAUAACCGGCCGCUGGUGCUUCGCAGGUAGCACAACAACUAGAAACCUCGGCGAGUCAGACGAUGCGGAGCCAGCAGUGAGUGUUAGUCUCCUUCGUUAUGAGAAAUCAAACACCCCAGACAAUAUCGAUACGCAAAGGAGCGACACAGAAAGCGCCGGAAGGUACUCCAGAACGGAAGUUGACGGAUCUCGUGGAGAACGAAAACCGAAAAUCAGCUUCUCGAGGCUCUUCAAACGCAACAAGGACAAAGUCUCUGGCGCUGACACCGACACCAUGAGAACUGUCGUCACUGUCGACGAUGAAAAGCUGCAGACGUCGCCGGCCGUGCCGGAAAACAAGCCGAAUCCGUCGACCGGCGAGACUGGCAUAGUUUACGCGGAAUUGGACCUGACGCAGCAGCAACAGGGCGGCAACCCGCGCCGCCUGAACGAGGACAAGACGGAGUACGCCGAGAUUUUGUACACGAAGCCGCAGUCAACGGAGGAACAGCAGACGCCCACCAGCGAAUAAAGAGAUUCCUUGCCGGCGAUCGAAACGAAAGCGCAGCUCCUGAAACGAUAAAAAGAAACAUUUAAUCCUCCACUCAGCCAUCGUCGAACCCGUUUCAUUUAGCCGAUCCUUUUCAGCUUGUAUCUUUUAGUCCGUAGAUCUAAGAUAAGUUAUUCCAAUAUUGUUCUUUUCCACAUUUCACGCGGCCCCGACGUUCGAAUUUAUAUAUUUAUUUCCAUUAGUCGUCGACUCUUCGCACUCGGAGCUGUUUUUUCUUCCGAAACGAGAUUUUUUUUAACGAGAAAUCGGUUCAUUCGGCUCGCGCGUUAACGCUUCGAUCUUGUUUUUUCGCGCGGCAACUGGAACGUUCAUUCUGGCAAUUAUUUCUGAUGUUCACGGUUCUUUUUUUUCUUUUUGUUAUACUUCGACAUUAUCGUAUAUCAUCGUCCGGAAAACUAGAGAUUCCUGAGUUCAUUCGAAGCAACUUUUUCCUUUACAAAAAUUUUCUCCGGCGCACCGUUCACGAGAUAUCAACGAAUAAACACGGACCAAUGAGGUGGCGCGCUCGCCUAGCGCCGCGCGAUCGCGCCUCUCAUUGGCCGUCGUUUAUUCGCCAAUAACUCGAGAACGGUGCCUCGAAGAACAUUUCUGUAAAGGAAAAAGUUGCUUCGAAUCGCCUCAGCAAUCUAAUUUUCCGGACGUACGAUAACUUUCAGACAUCCUGUAUACUUGUGCUGCAAUUUUAGAAACUGGAAAGCUGUAACAUUAAAAUUCGGUCACUGAAAAGAAUAGUUUGCGCAGACGUGCGACAGUAAACACGAAUUUCUCAAGCCGAAUAAAAAAUAUCGGUUAAAAUAUAACAUUUAUCUUCUAAAGCGGCCAUUCGAGUGCAAAGGGUGAAGAAAUGUAAAAGUACGGUGAAUCGCGACGAACUUACGACGUCGAUUUCAAGGAAUUAUUUGGAGACCAAUGAUUCACCGCGCCGUUGCAUUUCUCUGGAAAGGAUCCGGCGUCGUAGACUUAGCUUUAGCGUUUCCUUAGCGUAGUAUAUUCGGAUUUACUUGGAAUAUUAAGCUGAUUAAUCUAAGGGAAGAGAACCAAAAGGGGGUUUCAUACGAAUCAAACGAAUCCUUGACACUAACCCGGGACCGAACUAACGACAACAAUCAAACCAGAACGUAUCGGGCUCUGUUCGCACCGAGAAUCGACCGUAUUUUCCGCCACUGAAAUUGCUGCUACGCGCCGCGAAUUCCUGAUCGAUUUCGCGCGGUAAUUUGCAGGCAAGAGAUCGACAGUGACCGCGCGUUAGGCGGCCGAACAAAUACGCGCGUUACCGUAAGCAUUAGUCGCGACCGACUGAAAUCGAGCGCGCGUUUUCCACGGCGGCCUCGCGAAAGUGUACCACGGACGCGAGCUGGCCUAAUCGCGGCGCAGGUCGGUCGCAGAAGGAAAAGUGGACGCGAAGCUCGGUGCAGAGACCGCGACGGAUAAUUUGUACUUAAUUAGGUCUCUGUGCUGAUAGAGAAUUCGUUGCCGCGAAACUUCGACAACGAUGAAGAUCGUUCGACAUUUUCCCGGAGUGUACCGAGCGGUCGCGAGAGGUUCAGACGAGAUCGAUGUACUUAAAUUUUAUUGUUACUAUUGUUAUCGCGUAUUUAAAUAAUAAUAAUAAUAACAACUAAGUGUAACGUCCGUAUCGUAUAUGUAUACGUGCUGUUCGUUUGAGAGUCGCUUGAAACGUUUGCUUCCUAUACUGUGAAUACAUACGAAGGUAUACGGGGUGUCCGAGAAUUGUGUCGUUUCCGGGACACCGAUGGGUUCCGGAGGUCAUUUCAAGCAACUUUUUCCUUUACAGAAAUUCUCUCCGAAGCACCGUUCACGAGUUAUCGACGAAUAAAGAGUGACCAAUUAGAAGGGCGCUGGCACGACGCUAGGUGGCCGAGCCGAUCGGCGCAACCGGGCUCCGGCCGCCUGGGGCGCCAGCCGUGCUCGCGUCUCAUUGGUCGCUGUUUAUUCGUUGAUAACUCGUGAACGGUGUGUCGUAGAAAAUGUCUGCAAAGGAAAAAGUUGCUUCAAAUCGCCUCGGGAAUCCAUGGUUUCUCGGAAACAUAAUUUUGGGAUACCCGGUGUACCGAGGCCCUCGGAGGGCCACUUAUUGCACUUGUAACUAAUAAAAUGCGAAUCUACCGAAUUUUACGAAAGUUGAAACUCGACGAGAGAUAUAGAAAAAGAAAAUAAAUAAAAAGAGAAAUUAAUGUUAAAGCGCCAGUUAACGAUAUUGUCCUUCGUCCUUCUUCGAUUCACCUUGAAUGCACAGUGCGUUUUUACCUUUGAUGUGUCCGUAUACGAGAAGGGACGUCGAGAAUCGAAAUAAACGUCGAAUCAUAUCAGAACGA